UACACCAAAGCUUGAACCAGAGACAUCUCUCAACACAGUUAAAUUCUAAUCCCCUCCUUUGAAACCCCCAAAAUAAAUUAUUUUUCUUCAUUUCCACGCCAAAAAUCUGGGUUUUUCUUUUCUCACAUAGCAUUUGCCCCUUGGCUUUAAAGUUGAACCCAACAUUUCUUCAUCGUUAAACUAUCCAUAUUACCUUUGGUCUCUGUUUCAAACAAAGAAUCAUACCUUUCUUUCCAAGUUGGAAUCUCCUUUGAGGGACCUUUUUUUUUUUUUUUUUAAAGGCUCCUCUGUUUUUCCUUAAUCCACUUUUCUAUUGCCUUUUGGUUUUUGUUUUAUAAAGGAAAAAGGGGCAGUUUUUAAAGUCCUGUUUCCUUUCUGAAUCUUCCCUCCCGCACUCUGUUUUCAAAAAAAAAAAAAUGCAAGAAAUCUAUCAUCCUUUUGGAUUCAAAAAUGGCGUUGAUAUUGGAUCUUCGUUAUCACAAAUCAUAUUAUCAGGAGGCUCUAAUACUUUAGAUUCAGUGUUCUCUCAUUGUGCAUCACUACCAACAGCCAUUGCCACCAACUCUGUUUACGAGCCAUUAGGUUCAUCAGUCUAUCUCCGCCAGAGGGAUCUCCUUCAGAAUUUCUGCCAUGAAAACAAAGGGAACCCUUCAUUUUCAGGAAAAUCCGUAAAGGGUAGUCUUCAAAACUGCCCAAAUCCUCCAUCGACGACCGAUUACUUGAGCCCACCUCAAAAGAAGAAGCUUUACAGGGGCGUGAGGCAAAGGCAAUGGGGCAAAUGGGUGGCUGAAAUUAGACUCCCGCAAAACAGAGUCCGAGUCUGGUUAGGCACUUAUGACACAGCUGAAACCGCCGCUUAUGCCUAUGAUAGAGCCGCGUAUAAGCUUAGAGGCGAAUACGCGAGGUUGAAUUUCCCGAAUACCAAAGAUCUAAGUGAGUUGGGGUUUGCAGAUUGUGCUAAAUUGAAUGCUUUAAAGAAUACAGUGGAUGCUAAGGUUCAAGCCAUUUGUCAAAAGGUGAAAAGAGAGAAAGCUAGAAAGAAAGCCAAAAGAUCACCUGAAGCUGAAAAGCAAGCCAAAGUUCCAGAGCCAUGUUCAUCGUCUUCGUUGUUAUCGCCGGCGGUUUUUAGCGAAAAUUUAAGCAACGAAUGGCCGUCGCCACCGGUGUCCGAAGAUGGGUUUUGGAGAUGUGCGAAUUCGCCGUCCUCUGUUUUGAAUGACUAUCCGUCGAUGAUUACAGAGGAACCCAUGUUUGAAGACUGUUCGCUUUCAAGAAUGCUGUCUUUUGAUGCUGAUUUGUUAUGGGAGAUUCUUGCUAAUUAGGAUAAUAAUUAUGUUUCAUUUUUUUCCUCAAAAAAUCAAAUAUCUUCAGCAGAUAGCUGUUAUUUUUUGUUAGGUACUUACUUACUAACAAUGGUGUCAUGCUGUUUAUGGGGUCUGGUUUAGGGUUUUGGUUUUUAGUCUUCUCUUUUUCCUUUCUUUCGAUUUUGAGGCAUUUUCUGAGUUUGGAUUUUGUUUUUCUUCUCAAUGAAACAUAUUAAUAGUUAACCA